CGCCAUCGUCCGAUUGCCAGCAGCUACUGGCGGUGAGCAUGCAUACUCGACUUUUAGCCCGGAAGCUUAACACGAGAUCGUUCACAUAGCACUCUAGCGGACCUCCCCGAACAGUGCUCUUACCUCGACCACACCGCCAGGAUGCCUCACAUUCCAUUCCUCUCGCGGCUUCACAUCCGCGAGUACCUCGCCCUCAUGCUCAGCUUCUUCCUCAUCACCCUCGAGUCUCUCAUUGCGCUCAUUACCCUGAUGCUACCGACCCCCAUCAUAGCCCUCUGCUACAAAGCCACCCGCCGGGCUUUCAACUACCUGUCCACUCCGCAAGGCCGUCGCCAACGCCAAAAAAAGAAGGCAGUUAGCUCCAGCAUUGCCAAUGCCUCAGACUUCGUCGAGCUGUGCGAGUUGUUUGGAUACUAUGCGGAGGAACAUAUUGUGCAGACGAAGGACGGAUAUUUACUUGGGCUGCAUAGACUGGCCUAUCGGAGAGGCGAAGAGGGCCUGAGGGUCAACUAUGGAACAAAUGGGGAUACUGUGAGGAAGAAGGUUGUUUAUAUGCAUCAUGGCUUGAUGAUGAAUAGCGAGGUGUGGGUCUGCUUGACGGAGAGGGAGAGGUGCUUGCCAUUUGUUUUGGUGGAGCGAGGAUACGACGUUUGGCUCGGAAACAAUCGCGGAAAUAAAUACUCCAAAAAGUCAGUCCAUUGCGCUCCAACCUCGACAGCAUUCUGGAACUUCUCAAUGGACCAAUUCGCCUUCCAUGAUAUCCCCGACAGCAUCGAUUACAUCCUGGCUACUACUCAUCAACCCUCGCUCUCCUACAUCGGCUUCUCACAAGGCACUGCCCAAGCCUUCGCUACUCUCUCCAUUCAUCCGACACUCAAUGAGAAAGUCGACGUCUUUAUUGCGCUCGCUCCGGCCAUGUCUCCCAAGGGGCUAACAUCCCAGAUCGUCGAUACAUUCGUCAAGGCCUCCCCGGAAGUACUGUUCCUCGCUUUCGGUCGCCGGGCUAUCCUGGGCUCAGCCACAAUGUGGCAAGCGAUCUUGUAUCCACCAAUCUUCGUCCGCUUGAUCGACCAUUCCCUUACUUUCCUCUUUGGAUGGACGGGCGUCAACAUCACCCCACAUCAAAAGCUAGCCGCAUACCCACAUCUAUACUCGUUCACUAGCACGAAGAGUGUGGUGCAUUGGUUUCAGAUUAUCCGAAAUGGUCACUUCCAGAUGUAUGACGACGAAGCGCCCCCCUCGCUAGCCCUCACGAACCCGAACAAGUAUUACAAGAUUGCGAAAUUCCCAACUCGCAACAUCAAAACUCCAAUCGUGCUUGUCUACGGCGGGUCCGACAGUCUCGUUGAUAUAGACGUCAUGUUGCACGAGCUGCCCCGCCACACCGUUGCGAAAGAGAUCCCACAUUACGAACAUCUCGACUUCCUCUGGGCUAGUUCCGUCAACGAACUCGUCUUCCCGCACGUCUUCGACGCCCUGGAAGAGUACGCGACUGGCGACACAUCCAGUCCAAGCGGCAGCAUAACCCGGAAAGAAAAAAGGCGGGAAUUCCGCUCGCCAGCACGCUACGCCUUCCCAGAACGAAAACAAAUCGGCGACGUCGGCGACGAAGAGGACGAAGACGAGAGCUCAUCCAGCCCAGCCGCCUUCCGCGCGACAAAGGUAAGCCAGAACACCUCACAUCAGCAUGUUCCGGUAAGAGCCCCGGAAACUCCAUCGCCCGCGCACACGAAUCGUAAAACUUCCAUCACGCGUGUCCUUUCAGGCAGCGGCAAACGCACGCAUACGCCUUCGCCUGCCCGUGCCGCCGCUGCGGUGAUGCCGGCGUCUGCGCAACCUUCUACGUCGGAGAACUCGCCGCCUCACCAGCAGGACUCGCCAUCUGGCACUCAGCUCACGAACCAGACGUCGACGUCCCGCCCGGAGGGCUGGUGGAGUAGCGACGAGGUCGCUGGCUCACCCAAGGGCUCUGCUGCGUCGACUAGGUCGCCGUCGCGGAAUAGCUUCGAAAGUGGACGUGGGGUAUACGGUAUGAAAGGAAUCCAGAUCGGUGCGAGUAAAGCGGUUGGUGGUGUCAUCAGUGACAUGGGUGUGGGUGUUGGUGGAGGGAGUCGGAGUGGGAGCGUGGAGAAUUUGGCGAAGAAAGAAGAGACGAAGAAGAGGAGGUGGAAGGGGCGGAAGAAGGGGGAGGUUGCGGCGUAGAGACUGGAUAUGAGACAAACGUAUAUAUGGGUGGUCACUUUUGGCUAAGAGCGUCAUGGGAUUUGGUUAUUCUUAGUGAGAACCGGAGGCGAGAAAGUUAUAGAUGUGUAUACAUAUGUCGCGACACAUGAGACUGGUUUGUUCUUAGAACUGUGUUCUGCAAGCAUAUGGGGUGCCUUGCUGGGUUUAGGGAUUGUUCAAAACAAUGAGUUUUCAUCUCGCUUGGUUUCGCGAAAGUACUUUGAGGCCUCUCGUACGGUGCUUAGAAGGUGUACGCAGGCAGCGAGACACUCAGGUUUGUUAUUAUUUUCGUAGAGCUUGACAGCAAGACGAAUUAUUUUCUUUCUCUGAACCUGGUCUGCAUUAGAACCAUAUACUAUAUUCCACGUUAGUAGAGGUUUAUUAAGUGAUUGGCUGUUUGCAUUUGCGUUUGUUUCAGGCUCAAUUAAAUGUGGCUAUUUCUUUCUUGAGGAACCUUAAAAAGAUUCCC